AAUAAACGCGGUUUAGUUGCCUUUACAAAGAGUAAAGAUAAGGAGUUAAAAACAUGACUCAAAUUUUUAAGUAUUGAAGCAUAUAUCUAAUAAUAUUUAAGAUAAUUAUCAAAUGCAAGUGAAAUUAUACAAUUUUCAAAGUCAAAAAGCAAAUUUGAUAGAAAAGAAACACAAAAUCUAGUUUCAAGUUUUACACUCCUUGUCACACACUCCACUGAAAACGCGGCGGUGGACUUGAUAACAACAACACCUGAGCUGACAACAAACAACAGUGACAAAAAGUAAUAGUUUAUUAUUAUCACUGCCAACACCGACGGGACAGUUUUCAGGAACAGACAACAUUGAGAAUUAAAGCUUGAAACCAUUUUGGGUGGAGAUAUGGAAAGCAUACGGAGGCACGAGAUGCAGCCGAGAGAAGGAAAAACACCCAUUCAAAAGCCGCUGUGUAGACUGUGCGAGUGUCCGACGUCGGACGGCCACGUCCUCGCGUCGCAGGUGGACAGGCUCAAGCUGAGGAAAUGGGCCAUGGAGGUCAUGAACCUGACGGAAGAAGACGAAAACUUGCCGGACGUGGUCGAAGAAGACGCUUUGAUCUGCUAUUUUUGCAUCUGGCAGGCAGAGUUUGGGGAUGAGUCGGGAGACGAGGCUGUUGCUUGGUGGCCGAAAAACCUUGAUUUGGAAGAAAACGCAAAGGUGCUUCGGGAGAAUUAUUCAAUUGGAGAGGUAGAACAGUGUUGGGUGCAGUUGGAAGAGGUUGAUCUGGCCGAGUACGAAAAGGAAAUCCCUAAAAAGAAGAAAUGCGUCAGUGGAGUGUGUAUUUACUGCGGCAAGAGCUACAACCAUCUGAUGAACCACGUCAAUUAUAUGCACAAAAAGGCCAUCAAAUGCGGAAUUCGGGGCUGCGUGACUUACUUUCACACCGAGGAGGAAAAAGAGCAGCACAUGCAGCAGGUUUCACACGAGAAACAGAACAAACCACAAGAAAGCAGGAAAAUUCGUUGUAAAUAUUGUGAAACCGUCCUUUUUCUUUCCUCGUCGAGUAAUUUGAAGAAGCACAUGUUUCGCAAGCAUCCGGAAUUUCCGGUGGUGUGCACGCGUCCAGGCUGCAACGAGUACUUCAAAACCAAGUCCGAAAUGAUGAACCAUUUCAACUCGUCGCACAAACAAGCCGUAAAUCAAGAUCUUUACCUAUGCAAGCAUUGCGAGUAUUUCACUCCGAUGAAGUACAGGUUGAGAGAACACGAAGAGGCGAGGCACAUGCCAAAGAUCUUCAAAUGCGGCAGUUGCGACGCCAAAUUCGGUGCGAAACGGCUAGUUGGUAUGCACUACAAGGAAUUUCACACGUUCGACAAGUGCAAAACUUGUGGCCAGGACGUUUCUCUCUCAUACAAGGCAGUCCACAGAAAGCCAUCGGUUUGCUGCAGAUGCAAACUAAGUUUCGGGUGCUCGGGUUUGUAUCAGUUGCAUUGGAAAAGCUGCAAAAAAUCCCUCUUUAGUUGCAAAGAGUGUGGGAAAACGUUCCCCGUGCUUUGGAAGUUGAAUAAACACGUGAGAAAAGCCCACACCAAAACCUCGAUUGUUUACUGCGACCAUUGCAACCAUUCUACACUUGACAAGAGCAAAAUGUCGAUGCACAUGCAACGCAAACAUUUACCAAAGACGAUUAAGUGUGGAGAGUGCAACAAAUUUUUUGCAUCUGAAUGUAUUCUCAAGAAUCACAAGUACGAGUCGCACUCAUUCCUGCGCUGCGCUGAGUGUGCUCAGGAAUUAAGCCGUUGUAAGUUGUCAUAUCACCAGACCGUCAAGACUUGCCGCCACUGCGAGUGCAAGUUCAAGUGCCAAGGACUUCUUGAAAAGCAUAUGAAAUGCUGCGACAGUAAUAAUUAUUACUUUUGUGACAAGUGCCCGAAAAUUUAUGACAAAAAGUCAAGUUUGUAUUAUCAUAUUUUGCGGAACCAUAUUGAAAAAUAAAUUGUGCUGAACUGA